GGUCAAGCUUUUUCAUUCCCACUGAUUUUCCAACCUUGCGCGCUUCCUCUCUCUCUCUAUGCGAUAAGCAUAAUUCCUUCCUUCAUUAGCAAGUUCAUUCGUUUAAUUUUAUCCCCUUUUGCUGUCAAAAAAACAAAUUUAUCCCCUUCCCUCAUUUUUUUAGGGAUUAAUUUAACUGUAAUUACACUAAUUAAAUUGUUUGAUGGGAUAUUGAGAAAAAAGGGUUCAUCCAUGGAUUUUGAUGUAACGAAGAAGAGGAUUCAGCUCCUGCUUUUCACCGUCGGAAUCAUUUCUCUUAGCAUUAUCGCUGAAAAAAGCAGGCAACUAGUGGGUGAAGAAGCAGCAUCCAAGAGUGGGCAAUUCACUUUCCUAAACUGCUUCGAUCUAGGCACAGGUACAUUAGCAUGCUCAGUUAAGGAAGGUGUGAAACUCUACGUCAACACUUUCCAAUCCGCUCACGUUGAGCUAGCCAGAAGCCGAGCAAUCGAGGUUACCCUAAACGAUGCAAUGUCACAGGGAUUACAAGCCAAAGCUGCAGCCACUCAAGCCGCCAAAGAAGGCAAAAAAGCUGCAAAACUAGCAUCGAGACAGGCUAGGAGGAUUACAGGACCAAUCAUAUCUAGUGGUUGGGACUUUUUUGAAGCCAUUUAUUUUGGAGGAACUAUGACUGAAGGUUUUCUCAGAGGAAGUGGGACCCUUGUUGGGACUUAUAGUGUAGGGUUCCUUGGAGAACAGAGGUUUGGGAGGUUUGGUUACUUAGUGGGAAGUCAGGUGGGAAGUUGGGUUGGAGGAAGAAUAGGGUUAAUGGUUUAUGAUGUUGUUAAUGGUGUUAAUUACUUGAUUCAGUUUGGUCAGAGUGAGGUAAGUGAAACCUAUGAAUCUCCAGAAGUUUAUGAAUCUGAAGAAGUUUAUGAAUCUCCAGAAGUUUAUGAAUCUGAAGGAAUAUAUGCAUCUGAAGAACUGUAAGAUUUGCAGAAUUCUUCUUUCUGGGUUUGAUGCAGUAUAAUUUAGCAGAGAUGCAGAGGUGGAACUUGAAGCAUUGUAAUACUCUGAUUCUUUUACUUACAUUUUGUGUUCAUAGAUAGAUAUGAAGUACUCUGUAUAUGAAUACCGAAAAGUCGAAUACGAAAUACGCCUUACUGGGAAAAAUUUGUAAAUUCAUGGACUAAUUUAUGUGAUUAGUGGUUGAUUGAACAA